AACACAUAAGAAAUAGUACGUAGUUGGGUUUGUCUGAGUGCCAGGUUUACAGAACUAAUUUCGGCGGGCCGAGGAAAUCGGAGCGAAGGAAGGGUUUCUGCCAGCUUCUCUGGACUGGCCAAGCCAAUCAUCGUCCACACCUGAAACAUUUUCCUUUGACAUUUCCUUCUUUUAUUCAUUUAAUAAAUACCCCUAACCAAAGAAAGACUGUUCAAUCUUCGAGCCUCUUACUUUUCAAUAAUCAUCAAAAAUCAAUCGAAAUUAGGUUUUCUCAGUCGUGUUCAGAAAUGGAGAUUAUAGGAGCGGAAGGAGAAUUGGUUGAUGGAUUAGUGCCGGUUAGGUUUACAUUAGGAAGACAAUCAUCUCUUGCACCCGAAGGAGGGCUUGGUGAUGAUGGAGAUCAAGAAGAAGAAAAGGUAUUAGAAGAAGUUGAUGAAAUUGAUCCAACUUUUCAAUUAAUGUAUUUAGCUAAUGAAGGUGAUUUAGAAGGUAUGACAGAGUUAUUAGAUUCAGGAGUCAAUAUCAAUUUUCAAGAUAUUGAUGGAAGAACAGCUCUUCAUAUUGCUGCUUGUCAAGGUGUUGCUGAUGUUGUUGAGUUAUUGAUUUCAAGAGGUGCCGACAUUGAUCCUACUGAUCGGUGGGGUAGUACGCCUCUUGCAGAUGCGAUACACUACAAAAACCACAAUGUGAUCAAGCUGCUAGAGAAGAGUGGGGCAAAGCCUCUGAUGGCUCCCAUGCACGUCCUUACUGCCCGUGAAAUCCCAGAAUAUGAAAUCGACUGUAACGAACUUGAUUUUUCUGAAAGUGUUGUCAUAACUAAGGGAACAUUUCGUAUUGCUUCCUGGCGUGGAAUUCAAGUUGCGGUGAAAGAACUUCAGGAGGAUUUCAUGGCUGACGAGGAAAAAGUAAAUGCUUUUAGGGAUGAGCUUGCACUGCUUCAGAGGAUACGACAUCCAAAUGUAGUCCAGUUUCUUGGUGCUGUAACUCAAAGUAGUCCAAUGAUGAUUGUCACCGAAUAUUUACCAAAGGGUGAUCUCCGUGCAUUUUUGAAAAGAAGAGGAGCCUUAAAGCCAGAAACGGCAGUUAAAUUCGCUCUUGAUAUUGCAAGGGGAAUGAGUUAUCUGCAUGAGCAUAAAACUGAGGCUAUAAUUCAUUGUGAUCUUGAGCCUUCAAAUAUUUUGCGGGAUGAUACUGGGCAUCUUAAAGUUGCAGAUUUUGGAAUCAGCAAGAUACUAAAUGUUGCAAAAACUGUCAGAGAAGAUAAACCUGUGACAUGUCGCGACAAUUCCUGCAGGUAUGUAGCUCCUGAGGUUUUUAGAAAUGAAGAAUAUGACACAAAAGUGGAUGUAUUUUCAUUUGCUAUAAUUCUGCAAGAGAUGAUUGAAGGGCACCCACCUUUUUCCACAAAAGAAGAAGAUGAAGCUGCUACUGCCUAUGCUGCAAAAGAGCGCCCACCCUUCAAAGCUCCACAUAAGCUUUACUCACAUGGCUUAAGAGAAUUGAUAGAGGAAUGCUGGAGCGAGGUGCCUGCCAAUAGACCAACGUUCAAGCAAAUAAUAGAAAAGUUGAAUGCCAUUCUUAAGCAUUUCGACCACAAGCGUCGCUGGACGACAAAACGAUUAAAAUGCUUCCACCUUGAGGCCAUGUGGAAGAAAGAUCAUUCGCACUCUGACGGAAGCUCCCGUUCUACUUCUUCCACCUUUCGAUGAAAAAUGAAACUUCUGAUUAUUGAAUCUCAUAAUGAAAACUCUCAACCUUUUGCAUUUGUUGUUUAGUAAAACGCUAUGGUUAUUAGUGUUUAUCACUAUUUUAUUCGGGUAUUGUCGACAGCGAUAUAUAUUCAUUCAUAUUGAUCUAACCCAGUUAAACUUCUGUAUAGAUUCAUUGGGGUUAGUGUGUCCCCAAGGUUUAAUUGAUUGAUGUAUUUAUCGGGAAGAACUGAAAAUGUAUGGUAACUAUUCUAGAAAAUUAUAAUAUAGUUUGCAACUGUUCAUUAAA